UUAGAACCCAACACUCCUGGAAAGUUUAUCGUAUGGUUUAGGAACGAAACAACUUUACUGGUUCUGUGGCAGCCUCCGUAUCCGGCAGCUAUAUAUACUCACUACAAAGUGUCUAUCGAUCCUCCCGAUGCCAACGAUUUUAUUUUAUACGUUGAAAAAGAGGGGGAACCACCAGGACCAGCACAGGCAGCUUUCAAAGGCUUGGUUCCAGGUCGAGCUUACAAUAUAUCAGUUCAAACAAUGUCCGAAGAUGAAAUUUCAACACCCACCACUGCUCAAUACAGAACCGUACCUUUAAAACCUGGAAAAAUUACUUUUGACAAAGACAAAAUAACAACGAAUUCGUUUGUUGUGCAUUGGGAGCCACCUAGUGGUAAAAGCGAAUUUGAUAAAUACCAUAUAUCACUCGGAACCAUUCGAAAAUUACCGCCAUACCAUAGACUUCGAGAUGAACCGACAUUUUGGGAAUUUAAGGAUAACUUAGAGCCAGGGAAAACGUAUUCUGUGGUAGUUAAAACUGUGUCUGGAAAGGUCACUUCCUGGCCUGUAACUGCAGACGUUACUUUAGAACCAUUACCUGUGGGUCAGCUACAGUCCAUGUUAGACGAUAAAACUGGAACAAUAAGUAUAUCGUGGAAACCAAAUCCAGAAAGCACCCAAGAUAGUUUCUUGGUUUCCUAUCAUGAAGUUGAAAGCACAAUAGGUGAUAGCAAUACAGUUAUGACAAACCAGACAAAAAUAGAACUAGAGGCCCUCUUCCCUGGAAGAAAUUAUUCUGUAGCCGUUCAAGCCGUGUCGAAGGAAAUGAAAUCGAAAGAAGAAUCCAUAUAUGUCGUUACUAGACCCAGUGCUCCUAUAAUUGAAGAUUUGAAACCUAUGGUGGAUGGUCUAAAUAUUAGUUGGAAAUCAGAUGUCAAUUCCAAACAGGAUAAAUACGAAAUCGUUUGGAUCAGAAACGACACCAACGAUAGAGACUACAUGACCAUUUAUAACAACAAAAUAAUACUUAGUAAUUUGUAUCCUGGAGCUGGUUAUUUAGUCAAGAUUUACGCCAUAUCCCACGAACUAAAGAGCGAGCCUCAUGAGUAUUUCCAACCAGUGUUUCCUAAACCACCUAGAAAUAUGACCAUAGAAAAAACGACGACAAACUCGGUUAUUGUUCAGUGGCAAGCACCGUUGGAUUCUCUUAUUACUGAGUAUUCUAUCAGAUAUAAAACAGGCAGUGAUAACCAGUGGGUUAGAUUACCAGCUGUUCAAAAUACUGAAGCAGAAGUAACGGACAUGACUCCGGGAGAGAGGUACACCAUUCAAGUUAACACUGUCAGCUAUGGCUUAGAAAGUAACGAACCGCAGCAAUUAAAUCACACAGUAAGACCAAAUCCAGUGUCAAAUAUUGCUCCACUAGUCGACUCCAAUAAUGUUACGUUAGAAUGGCCUCGCCCCGAAGGAAGAGUAGAAACUUACAUUGUGAGAUGGUGGGAAGCUACUACACCUUCUCAGGUUAACAAGAGCACAGUGAGUCAAAAUCAAAAUGGUACAGGACUUGUUAGAUUACUGGUUGGAGAUUUGAUGCCAGGGGAAGAGUAUGUUUUUGACAUACAGGCAAUAUCCAAUGAUCUGGAAAGCGAUGUUACCGUUUUAAGGACGAGAACUAUGCCUCUCAUACAAUCCGAAGUCGUGGUAGUGAACAAUCACCAGUCUACGGAUUCUAUAAGUUUAAGAUAUACUCCCACGCCACAAACUUCUUCAAAAUUCGACUUAUACAGGUUUUCUUUAUCUGAGACUAAUAUUCCCGAUCAGGAAAAAGCAGCCAAUGAUUCAGAGAGAUUAGUAACGUUUACUGGUUUAAUCCCAGGCAGGUAA